AUGGCGACAAGACUGUUGUCGCCGCUGCGCAUAGUCCUCUGUGCAGUCUUCUUCUUCACAGCACAUGUCUAUGCUGCAUCAGCAGUGCUAGGUAUUGAUCUAGGCACCGAGUACAUCAAAGCUGCCCUUGUAAAACCAGGAAUCCCCCUCGACAUUGUCCUUACCAAAGACUCCCGACGAAAAGAGAUCUCGGCUGUCACCUUCAAGCCUCCCCAAAAUGGCCCAAAGAAGGGGGAAUUCCCCGAACGGCUCUACGGCUCUGACGCCAUGGCCCUGUCCGCUCGCUUCCCCGGCGACGUCUUUCCGAACCUGAAGACCCUCCUCGGCCUCCCUGUCGACAGCCCUGCUGUCCGAGAGUACGCUGCCCGUCACCCAGCCCUACAGCUUGAGAGUCACAAGGUCAAGAAUACUGCUGCUUUCAAGAGCAAGGAUGCAUUCACACCCGAGGAACAGGCGUGGCUCGUAGAGGAGCUGUUGGCCAUGGAGCUGCAAAGCAUCCAGAAGAAUGCCGAGAACAUGGCGGGCCCAGGCACAUCCGUUCGCUCGGUCGUUGUAACUGUUCCGCCAUUCUACACAAUAGAAGAAAAGCGAGCUAUUGAGGCGGCUGUCGAGCUGGCUGGUCUGAAGGUCCUGUCCCUGAUCAGCGACGGCCUUGCCGUGGGUGUCAACUACGCGUCAAGCCGGACAUUCCCCAAUGUCAAUGAGGGCGGGAAGCCGGAGCAUCAUAUGGUAUUCGACAUGGGCGCAGGCUCCACUAAGGCUACAAUCCUGAAGAUGCAGGGUCGCACUGUCAAGGAUAUCGGCAAGUUCAACAAGACCGUCCAGGAGGUACUUGUGUCGGGCAGCGGAUGGGACCGUUCCCUUGGUGGCGAUGCCCUCAACGCAAUCAUUGUGGACGACAUGGUUGAGAAGUUUGUCGAAUCUUCGGGCGCCAAGAAGGUCGGAGCGACAGUUGAAGGUGUCAAGGCACAUGGCAGAGCGGUGGCGAAGCUGUCCAAGGAUGCCGAGCGGUUGCGACACGUUCUCAGCGCCAAUCAGAACUCCCAGGCUAGCUUUGAGGGUCUCUACGAGGACGUUGACUUCAAGUACAAAAUCACACGUGCAGAGUUCGAGACGAUGGUCGAGGCGCACGCCUCCAGAGUCGGGGUUGCAAUUCAAGGCGCUCUUGAUAUGGCUGGCCUAAAGGUCGACGACCUGGAUUCGGUCAUUCUCCACGGUGGAGCUACGAGAACGCCGUUUGUGCAGAAAGAGCUGGAGAAGAUCUUUGGUACUGGCGACAAGAUCCGCAGCAACGUCAACUCUGAUGAAUCCGCUGUCUUCGGUGCUGGUCUUCGCGCAGCUGAGCUCAGCCCCAGCUUCCGUGUUAAGGAAAUCAGGAUCUCUGAAGGUGCCGCGUACCCCGCCGGCAUUAAAUGGGUCGAUGACAAGGGAAAGGCUCGUCACCAGCGUCUUUGGACCACCACCUCCCAUCUUGGUGCAACAGCCAAGGAGGUCACCUUCAACAACAAGGACGACUUCUCCGUCGAGUUCUAUCAGGAGACCCCUGCUCUAGCCGCUGAUGUCACACCGGGUGUGGAGGAGAAGGCCACCAAGACCUUCAACACCAAGAAUCUGACAGAGACUGUGUCCUUGAUGAAAGAAAAGUACUCUUGUGAGCCCAGUGACGUCCAAUUCAAGUUUGGUGUACGCCUCGCCGGUGAGAACGGCGAGGUCGAGGUCACCAAGGCCUAUGUCGAGUGUGAGGCCGAGGUCGUGGAGAAGGAGAGCUUGAUUGAUGGAGUUAAGAACAUGUUCGGCUUUGGAAAGAAGGAUGAGCAAAAGCCCCUUGCCGAUGGCGAAUCCUCCGAAUCUGCGGAGGAUACCUCCGCGGAGUCUGUUGAGUCUUCCAGCUCGACAACCUCGACCGACACUACCACGUCUACAACAUCAACCAGCUCGACUACCUCUUCGGCUUCAACCACUGAAUCUGCUGAGGCCAAAGAAGGCAAGAAGACUAAGAAGAUCGUUUCCGUUCCCGUCAAGUUCGAGCUCGAGAAGACAGGCUCUGCCCAACUUGACAAGCUUGAUGUACUCCAAUCCAAAGACCGCCUGAAAGCCUUUGAGCAAUCCGACAAACUCCGUCGACAGCGUGAAGAAGCCCUGAACCAGCUUGAAGGCUUUACCUACAAGAUUCGGGACCUCCUCGAUAGCGAGUCUUUUAUCGCCGCCUCUACUGAAAAGGAGCGAAAAUCGCUCGAGCAGAAGGGUAGUGACGCUAGCGACUGGCUCUACGGUGAGGGUGUGGACGCAUCCAAGGACGAGCUGAAGAAGCGAAUCAAGGAGCUGCAGGACAUUGUCACGCCUAUUCAGAACCGUAUCGAGGAGUCGACCGAACGACCAAAGCUUCUGGAGGGUCUUAAGAAAGCGCUCAAGCAGACGGACGAAUUCGUCAAGGAUAUUAAGCAGAAGAUUGCCGAGGCAGAGGCCUGGACUUCGUCACAAUCGGCAUCGGCCACUGCCUCAUCAGACUCUUCUACCGUUACAGCUGCGCCAUCUGACGAUUUUGCGGACCUGGAAGACGACUCCACGACGUCGACCACCAAGUCCCCCACUAUGGAAGAUGUCGUCAAGGAUCGCGGUCCAGUGCCUCCACUGUAUACCCUCGAGGACCUGAAGGAGACUGAAGACCUGUUCGCAAAGAUCACAGCCUGGCUCGAAAAGAAAGAGCCCGCUCAAGAAAAACUUGGUGCUACGGAUGAUCCGGUGCUGACUGUGAAGGCACUCAAGGAGUGGCGGGAGAAGCUCGACAAGGCAGGCCAGGACCUGGCCCUGAAGAGCGUGAACAACUUCAAGAAGAAGAAGGGCAAGUCCAGCUCAUCGAAAUCCAAGAAGUCCAAGGCGACCAAGUCGUCGGCGACACCGGGCUCUGAGCAGACGAUCGAGAUCGGCAAGGACGGCAAGGUGCCCAGCGAGGAGGAGAUCGAGGAACUGAUCAAGAAGUUCACAGAGGAAGCUGCGGCAAGAGAGGCGGCAGGAAAGAAAGAAGAGACGGGCAGCGAGGAGAAAAUGAAGGAUGGCGAUGAGCAUAAACGGGAUGAGCUGUGA